UGCAUAACGUUAUGCUGUUCUCCGUAAGCCUGGUUGUGCACGGACCAAGCCCUUGUCCCUUUCAGCCACAAUGGUGGGUCUUCGCGGGAUGUUUUGCCCAAUCGAGAGGCUAGGGUUUUCUCGCCCUACAACGAAACUCGGCUGACUGCCAAAAAAAUCGGUCUCCGCGAAGCGACGUUCCCGCAUCACGAACUGGACGCCCGAGUCUGCGAUCAUUGACAAAUCGCAAACAUGUCUGGUGGAAAGCCCCGUGGCCUCAACGCGGCCCGCAAGCUGCGCAACAACCGCCGCGAGCAGCGGUGGGCCGAUUUGUCUUACAAGAAGCGUGCCCUCGGCACUGCUUACAAGUCCAGCCCGUUCGGUGGCUCGUCCCACGCCAAGGGCAUCGUCCUUGAGAAGGUCGGCGUCGAAGCCAAGCAGCCCAACUCCGCUAUUCGGAAGUGUGUGAGGGUUCAGCUCAUCAAGAACGGCAAGAAGGUCACUGCUUUCGUUCCCAACGAUGGUUGCUUGAACUUCGUCGACGAGAACGACGAGGUGCUCCUCGCUGGUUUCGGUCGCAAGGGCAAGGCGAAGGGUGAUAUUCCGGGUGUGCGCUUCAAGGUUGUCAAGGUCUCUGGCGUCGGUUUGCUCGCUCUCUGGAAGGAGAAGAAGGAGAAGCCGAGAUCAUAAAUACGCGGCGCACGGAAAAUGGCACGGUUUGGCAUGCGGAGUCUGCGAGGCUUUUUUUACAUCGGCAUUCCAUCACCAGGUCGGGGAAUCUGGGCACUUGCGGUAGACAUGGUCUGAAAAAUUACGAGAUCAUCAAGCCGAAACAGC